AGCUUAAACAGAAACGCCAAAAUAGAGACUGUGUGUGGCCCGUGGGGUAGAGAGAGAAAGAGCUAAGCUUUUUGCAUUUAGCUGUACACGUUUAUGAUGUAAUGCGUGUGUGAGGGAUUGAGCUUCAGGCAUGGUUUAUUUCUGUCAUGUGAGUUGUUUGACGGAGUUUAGUUUGUGUUGAAGCCUAUUGUAAUUGCUCCGUCAAUGGGUUUCUACUUCUCGUUGUUUCUCUUUCUGGCACAUGUUUCUGCAAUUUUGGCUCAAACCAUUGAAGAGGCAAUAAUUGUUGUCAAUGGGACUAAAGCUAUUGCCAACACAGAUCCUGAUUAUGUCUGUGCUACUAUGGAUUGGUGGCCUCGUGAAAAGUGUAACUACAACCAUUGCCCUUGGGGAAAUUCAUCAGUGAUAAAUCUGGACUUAAAUCAUCCUUUUCUUGCCAAGGCUAUUCAAGCUUUCAAGCCCUUGAGAAUAAGAAUAGGAGGUUCUUUGCAAGACCAAGUACUAUAUGACAUAGGAAAUUUGAGAUCUCCUUGCCAUCCAUUUCAAAGAAAAAAAGGUGGGUUGUUUGGAUUUUCAAGGGGAUGUCUACACAUGGAUAGGUGGGAUGAACUGAACCGCUUACUCAGUAAGACAGGAGCACGUGUGACAUUUGGCUUGAAUGCAUUACACGGGAGGCACCUCACUAAAAAGGAGCUUUGGGAAGGAAUUUGGGAUUCCAGUAAUGCCUGUGAUUUCAUCAAUUACACUAUUUCCAAGGGUUACCAGAUAGAUUCAUGGGAAUUUGGUAAUGAGUUAAGUGGCAAAGGUAUUGGUGCCCAUGUUUUUGCUGAACAGUAUGGAAAAGACUUGAUUCACCUUAAAGCUGUCAUCUCUGAGUUGUAUAAGAACUCUCAAUCCAAACCACUACUUGUGGCACCCGGAGGAUUCUAUGAUAAGGGGUGGUUUGAUAAGCUCCUUCAGGUUUCAGGCCCUGAUGUGGUUAAUGUAAUGACUCUUCAUCUAUACAAUUUAGGUGCAGGUGUUGACCCUCAUCUUGUGCAAAAAAUUCUGGAUCCCCAUCACUUGAGUGAAGUUUCAGUAACCUUCCGCAAUCUUAGUGAAACAAUUCAAACGAAAGGUCCUUGGUCUUCUGCUUGGGUUGGUGAAUCUGGGGGGGCCUUUAACAGUGGUGGUCGUCAUGUGUCUGACACUUUUGUCAACAGUUUUUGGUACUUAGAUCAGCUUGGGAUGGCCGCCAUGUAUAGCACUAAAGUGUACUGCAGACAAACUCUAAUAGGUGGAAACUAUGGUCUCCUCAACAGAACCACAUUUGUUCCCAACCCCGAUUAUUACAGUGCACUUUUGUGGCAUCGGCUGAUGGGAAAAGAAGUUCUUGCUGUUAAUACCAGUUCUUCGCCAUAUUUACGGUCAUACGCCCAUUGUUCAAAAGGAAGAGCCGGUGUGACUUUGCUUCUGAUCAAUUUAAGCAACCAGACCAAAUUUCAUAUUACUGUUGAAAAUAGUAUGGGCAUUAACUUGGCCAUUAAAGAGGAUACGAGGCACAUGGAUAGGUCUUUCUGGCAUGGUAUUAAGAAAAGAGUUGCAUGGGUUGGAAGCAAAGCAUUGGAUGGACCAAUAUUCAGAGAAGAGUAUCAUUUGACUCCAAACAAUGGCAAUCUCCGAAGCAAAACCGUGCUUCUAAAUGGAACACCAUUAGAGAUUUCAGGUGGCGGGGAUAUCCCAAGUUUGAACCCAGUCUUGGUUGAUAUAAGUUCUUUACUAUAUAUUCCUCCCUUGUCCAUUAAGUUCAUAGCAUUGUCCCACUUUGAAGCUAAAGGUUGUCCACGAUGAUUCUCUACAUUACGUUAGACAUUAUUUUCGCAGAAUAAUAGUGUUGUAAGGUAAGUGUAAAGCUCUUGUUGCAAAAUAUUGUCGAAUGUUUGGUCCAUCUUCAGUCUUCCCCUCCUAACACCCUGUGUAAUUAGGACCACUAUUGUAUAAUGGCGUUUUGAUAAUUGUAAGCUCUUAGUGCGAGUGUAGAUAUAUUGAGGAUACAUGUUGUGGCAAUAAAAAAGAUUGCAACUUAAUACUUAUUUAUUCUAUAUAUAUAAUAUUAUUUAUUUACAGUAA